GUCUUUUUCUUUCACAGGCUCAAUACAUUCGUGAUUUAUUGGAUAAAUUUGGCAUGGCUGAGGCUAAACCGAUUUCCUCCCCAAUGGCUAUUGCUGCUCUUCAGUUGCACCAAGGUCUCAAACUUUCAGAUCCUUCUUCGUAUCGGAGUCUAGUGGGCUCUUUGCAAUAUCUCAAUCUCACUCGGCCGGAUAUUACCUUUGCUGUCAAUCGUCUUUCCCAGUUCCUUCAUGCUCCAUCUGAUGUGCAUAUGCAAGUUGCCAAGCGUAUCCUACGUUAUCUCGAAGGGUCUGUCUUUAAUGGACUUCUACUCCGUCGGCAACCUCUGUCUCCUCUUCAUGCUUUUUCUUAUUCUGAUUGGGCCGGUGACAAGGAUACCCUUCAGUCUACCACUGGCUUCAUUGUGUUCUUGGGCAGCACUCCAAUUUCUUGGAAAGCUUGUAAACAAAAGGCUGUUGCUCGUAGUUCAACUGAGGCCGAGUAUCGUGCGUUAGCUGCUGCUUCCUCUGAGAGCAAUCCCGUAACGCAUACCCGCAUGAAGCACAUUGCCAUUGAUCUUCAUUUUGUGCGUGAAUUAAUGGAUCGAAAGUUGUUGCGAGUCAGUCACAUCUCCACUGUCAACCAGCUUGCCGAUGGGCUGACUAAACCUUUAUCCUCAGCAUGGUUCUCUCAACUGAAAUCCAAGAUUGGAGUUACUGAUGGUAGCUCCAUCUUGCAGGGGCAUAUGACGGAAACAAAGCCGGUCAUCAAUUCCAGCAAUUCCCACUCGUGAGUUACGGCAACACAAUCCUCGCUUGUGAAUCACAGCAACAAGGCAACUAUAUAUUUUGUGUUAUAGCAGCAUAUCAGUUACAGAUUAUAGCAGCAUAUCAGUUACCGAUUUAAAUCAUAUAUACUCCACUAUUGUAUAUAUCUUUAGUUUCCUUGUAUAACUACAAACACUUGUAUAUAUUUGGUUCAGCAUUAUGAAUACAGAUCAUCGUUUUCC